AGCACAUACUGCCGAAUUUGUGUUGAUACCGGUUGAUUGACGAAUCAACUCCUUGCUUUAACACUACAAAUGCUGGUGUUUUGCACUGAAAUACUUCUAUGCUCACUUGCUUUGGUUAAAUGAAUGGCAAACAUAAAUGUUGAAAAUGCAGAGGAUCUUCAAUCUCAAGAUACACUUUCUUUUCAGAUCGAAGAGGUGGAGGCAUUAUCCUCUAUUUACGGUGACGAAUGGUGUGUUAUUGAUGAAGCAGCAAGAAUAUUUUGCAUCAAAAUAACUGAUGAUAUAGACCACCCGAAACUGAAAGCAUGUUUACAGAUAAUUCUCCCACCUGAUUACCCGAGUACAGCGCCACCUGUAUAUCAGAUAAAUGCAGCAUGGUUGCGAGGCCUUGACAGAAUGGCCCUGUCCAACAGCCUUGAGGAGCUGUAUGUGGAGAAUGCAGGCGAGAGCAUUCUCUACCUCUGGGUGGAGAAGGUCCGGGAGUUCCUCCUGGAGAAAGCCCGAUGCAAAGACAUAACGGAGCAACCAGAGGGGCAGAUUAUGACAGCGGAGGAGGGAGUUGUGGAGGACGAUGAUGAAAUAGCAGAUUGUCAAGCUCUUAAACAGAAUGCACAGAACAAACAAUUCUUUGACAAUUACUCAUGCGAACUACCAUCCAUUAAACACGGAGGAACAAUCACAGACAGACGCAGCACCUUCCAGUCGCACCUAGCCCCUGUGGUAACACCAGGACAGGUUAGAAUGGUUCUUGACAAGUUGUAUGAAAACAAGAAGAUUGCAAGCGCCACUCACAAUAUUUAUGCAUACAGGAUAUACUGUGAGGACAAGCAGAGUUUCCUGCAGGACUGUGAGGAUGAUGGAGAAACAGCCGCAGGAGGACGGCUACUCCACUUAUUACAGAUCCUGGAUGUGCGGAACGUGCUGGUGGUUGUCUCUCGCUGGUACGGAGGGAUUCAGCUGGGUCCGGACCGUUUUAAACACAUCAACAACUCGGCUAGGAAUGUUCUUGUCCAGGAAGGAUACACUUUCUCGCUGGAUGAGGCAUCCAAAGCUGGAGGCAAGAGCAAAAAGUCAAAAAGCAAGAAGAUUAAAUAGAAGUGUCUGUGGCAAAGUCUGUGGCAAUGUUCUAUGCUGAAAGUUUUACUGAAAUGAACAGACAUUUAUGACCUCUAUUAGAACCCUUGAAUAGCUGUUGCUUAAACUUAAACUGAAAAAGUAACUUCAUUAAUUGUAAUAAUUUGUCAAUUGGAAUUACUGUAUCAUAUGUUGAAAUCAAGGCUUAAAGGAACCCAAGCCAAUCUCUUAAUUCUAACCAUAAUGACAGCUGUGUAUGUGAGUAAUUCAUUUUUAUAAAAAAAAAAAAAGGAUGCAAAAAAUAUGAAAAUGCAUUAAGUAUAGUUUUUAUUAUGUGAAUCAAGGUUAAAUCAAGUUGAUAUAAUAGAACCAAAAUGUCAGAAUUUUGAGAGUCACUCUCUUUCUGUCUCUCACUCUUUAUUUCUCUCUUGCUCAUGCUUUCAGUUUUUUACCUAAGCUAUAUUUCUCUUUCUACUCACCCUUCCACUAAUGUUUGUGUCUAGAUGCUUUGAUAUUUGAGUUCUGCUGCUGUUGAAUCCUCACUGCCCAUGUCAACAGAAAUGAGUCCCACCAUUUAAUGGACACUUCUAAUAAUCUGGGUUUCACAGACAAUGAAAUCAAGUUUCCAAAUGCCUUGAACAUCACGCUGAAACCAAUACCUUGAUGCCCUUGUUACCACACCAGCUCUAACUAUCUGAAGAUUGAAAACUGUAAGGACUCACUUUUUUUACAGUUUUUAAACCUAACAACUGCUGGUGGUUCAGGCAGUUUGAAGGCAUUAAAAGCACAUUUUGAAAUCCUGUUUGAAUUGUUAAAGGUGUUGGGCAGGCUUGCCAAUGUGAUAUGUUCUUACUGAGUCAGUUUCUUCUUCUAAUUCAGUCUUUAAGUAUGAGUUGUGAAUGGUCAUUCCACACCUCCAGGUAUUUGUCAUUUAUAUGCCAGCUUAUACAUAUACUUCAUGCAGUGCUGCUCUGUAAUGCAUUGUGACUGAGGUCCAUUCUUUCUGAAAAACAGCUUUCAGGACAGAUUGGUUUUAAACUAUCUAUGUCUGGCACACAUGCACCCGCUCAUACCUCAAACCCCCGCCUCUGUCGUCCACCUCACACCUGUUGAAUAUCAAUUCACCUUUUCACUGACGCUUCUCUUCUUCAAUACUUUUUCCUCAUCUCUCCUGUGAUAUGGCUGCUCUUCCCUGGCUUUUGGUUUGCCAGUCAAUCCUAGGAGACUGCAAAGCA